UCCUUGUUACUGUCAAGAAGAGGUUCAGUGAUGUGUUACAAUUGUUAAGGUUAGGCUGUGGGUAAGCUAUGAGCUGGGUCCCAAAGCUGUCAGAAUUGUGACAUCAUGAGAGGGUGCUGGGCAUAGCUCUGAAUUUCCUGUUCAUAAGUUAGUGAAAAAGCAUGGCACAUUAACUCGUAAGGCAUUGUGGCUUUAAUGUAUUAGAGGAACAGUUGAAUGGUUGAGAAAGGAGUAAGUAGUAUGGAGCUGUUUUAAAUAAAUAAGUAAAUAAACAAAAAUUUUUGCUUUAUUUUUCCUAGUCUAUCUGGAGUUUAUUCACAUAGUACAGAUAUUUGCUUCACUGCUACAACUUGAAAGCAACUUCUGGUAAGAGCUUGAGAGGUAACUUGGGAAGCAAAAGCUCUCAUUCCCAGGAGGAGGACAGGUCCUCUGAGAGAGUUCAGAUACCGUUGCAGAUCUUUAUUUAUCUACAUUAUUUUCUUACCAUGAAGGAUGAAAGACUUAGAAACUGAUGAGGGAAUAGAGAUGGUGCUGUUCUUUUUGCAGAAAAGUUGAAGCCGCACAGAAAUCCUUUCGCAUGGGUGACGUUGGAGUAUCACCUGCAACAUUCCUGGUUUUAUUUUCCUUUUUUUUUUUCCAAUUCCAUGCUGCCUUUCAUUCCUUUAUGUAACUGAGCCAUUCUUUGAAAUUCAUUCUCCUUUUUGUUGGUUUCGUUAUGCUGAAAUGCAGAUGUAGUUGCAAAACUAACUGUUGUUUCCUUUUCUGGCUUCUUCAUUCCCAGUUUACCCUGGUUUUCUAGAAAUGAAAUCCAGAAUCUGCUGUUUCCUUGCCUGGCCUGUUGUGCAAGGUUCUCACCACACUUGCAGACCUGUUGCUUCACUUACCCUUUUUGUGAUCCCUUUCUGGGUAGGAUCAUGAUUUUUAUGCCUGGCAUCUCCCAUAAUGACUCAUUCUCAGAGUGCUUUGUGUGCCUGUCAGUUCUUCUUGCUUUGCCAAAUUCUGUGGUUCUAACAAUGCUGACAGCUGACAAAGUGUCCUAGAGCACCUUCAGCUGAGAUAGAAGCAACAUCAGCAUUUGGAAGCUAAAGCUUCACAGACUAUUUUUUUUGCAUGUGUUUUUGCAGACUCCUAUAUGUGUCCUGAGCACCCUUAAAAUUACUUACAUCCUUCCAAGAAAGAGACAAUCCUUAGACGUUGAUCCUACAAUUCCUUAGAAUUCCUCUAUAGUUGAAACUAAAAAGGUCAUAACAGUAAAAUGUCAAGUAUAAAGCAAUUGAGCGCAAUCAAAAGACAAAUGCUUGGAGCAACCGAAUCUCUUCCUUUCUUUUGUGAGAGGAAGGGAUGUUUUUCUUCUUGUUAUAUUAUAGAAAAGUCCCAGAAGUUGCAGAAAGUGUCAUUUUGGCCAAAAUUAAUGCAAGCCAAGUCAUAUCUUUUCCUAAGAAAAAAAUAGUGUAGCUCAGAAUAUUUCAGUAAAGUGCUCAUUUAUUAACUCUAUUCCCCCAGCAUAGCAGUUACUUGAGGUAUGAAAAAUUCUUGCCAUAAUUUGUUUAUAUUACGUUUGUGUAUAUCUGGCAGCUUUUAGCCAAAGGCACUUCUAAUAGUGUUGACUAAGCAGGAACAUUGUUUAACUCUCUGUCCCUUGUUUCGACAGAGCUGGCAAGUGUCCAGUGGUGACCAGUUCUGCAAGCAUUAAGGUGCUGCUGAAGCCUUAGAGCAGGGUGAGGCCAUUUGCUAUGCUGCACCCAUGCUAAGCAAGAGUGUUGUUACUGCUUUGCUGUAGUGUGAUGGGAGUGCUGGUAUGGCAGGAUUAGCUAAUUUAUUCCUUUGAGGUCCAGAUCACUUUCUCAGUGCUUCUGCUGUACCAGAUCAAACUCAGAUCGUGUCAUGUAUGAAACAGCUCUUGAAGUUGUUCAAGUCUGUGUGGUGCCCAUGUGAGAAGCUUUUUUAGUAUGAGUUUACUUGCAUUUGAAAAAUGAUCAAACCUGUACAAAUGUAUUAUUACCAUGUACUUGUAUUUACACGUGGUUCAUCGAGAGACCUGUAGUAUCUUCGUUUUCUGUCUGUGUGGGAUUUGGACUCCUCUUUCACCAAUGGCCACGUCAACUCUUUAAUAAUAAGCAUGCAGCCUCAACUGCUUUUUAAGAAUAAAGCCAUAUUUGGGGAAACCUUCAUUUGCAAAGCAUUUUUGAACUCUAAAUAGCAUUGCAUUUUUCAGAGUGUAUUUACAAAUAUGGCUCAAUUAUAUAUGAAUGCAGUGGAACCUUGUUAAGUAGACUCCAGCUUUUUUGCUAUUGCACACUGCUCUUGCUGUCAUAGAUGCCAAGGGAUGCAACCCCUUCACUGCGCGCCCUCUGUCCAUUGGGGGCUGGAUCUCCAUUGCAGGGGGACUUCACUGCAGUUUGGCUCCUAUCUCUAGGACAUGGCCUAGUGAAUGUCCCACUGUUCCAGUGGGGUCUGUUUUUCUCGAGCAAAGAGGGGAAGGCCAAGACACAACUCCUCUGUCUUUGUAAGAUCUCCCUGAGACCUGAGUGAUACUUACAGAAGGUCAACACUGUUAAAAGUUAACUGUAACCCUUGAGUUGGGUAGUUGCUCUCUGUCCCCAAAGGUCAAUGUGAUAAAAUCCCAUGAUAUCUUAAAAUAUGAAUUAAUUAUUGGUCUAAUACCUGCGUUUUGGCAAGUUUGAAGUGUUGUGUCUCUUUAUAGUUGAGCGGUAUAUCCUACCAUGUUAGUCACUGGCAUCAUGGCUGGCUACAUUGCAGAUCUGGGAUGCUGGGGUGAUGUCAAGUUUUACAGAGAGUUAUUUCACUUGGUAUGAGGGGGAAGAGUGGAUUGAGUCAAACCAUUUUAUUUGAGUAGUUCCAUACAGAAUAGUGGCUUUUUUGCUCUAGGGAGGGCUGGCUAGGUGGUGUAGUAUGGGCAGCAUCCCCUCCACCCCUAAAAAGCUUCCUCUGCUAAAUAUGUAUUGCUUCUCUGGAAAAUGGGGUGGUCUUGCAGGUGUGGUCUGAAGUCAUGUCAGAUGUAAUACCUUCUGUUCCAGUAUUUGCCAAAGAAUAAUUUUUCUCUUCUUUGAAAAUCUGUGGUGAAGGCAGCUUUCACCGUGGUACCCGUGGGGCAAUGCAGUGUCCAUGCGUCUGUACAAGAGAGAAAGCAUAUACUCUAUCAUGGACACGUUUUUCUAUGAAAACACUUGUUAGGAACGAUGUCAUUGUAUUAAGGUGUGUGGGUGAUGUAGCAGAUACUUUAGAUCUGCUCCUAGGUGGGUUGUGCACAAAUCUCUUCUGAAAUGCUGUUUGCCUCUAGGAAUAAAUGGCACACAUGAACUGUGUACUUGCUUCCCAGCCAUGCUGUCAGACAGCACCCUCCGUAGACAUGGAGACAUGAGGCACACCUCUUUAUUUCUGAGCACCCAUCAACACGAAUGCAAACAGGUGACACGUAAGCCUCUUGGCUGUGUGCUAAAUAGGUGGUGCUAGAAAAAUACUCCUAGUGGAAGUACUAUCUCCAGUGCCCUAACUGUUCCUUUAGAAGAGGUUGGGUGCAUUUCAAUGAAAAGACUUUGUAGAGCUACAAGGUGUCUCCUGAAUUCUCACUAUGUCUGAUGGGGACUAUGAUUACCUCAUAAAAUUUCUAGCACUUGGUGAUUCUGGAGUAGGAAAGACCAGCCUUCUUUACCAGUAUACGGAUGGCAAAUUUAAUUCCAAAUUUAUCACAACGGUGGGCAUUGAUUUUCGGGAAAAGAGAGUGGUGUAUAGACCCAAUGGGCCAGAUGGUGUUGGUGGCAGAGGACAGAGGAUACAUCUUCAGCUCUGGGAUACUGCAGGGCAGGAAAGGUUCCGUAGCUUGACAACGGCUUUCUUCAGAGAUGCCAUGGGGUUUCUUCUGCUCUUUGAUCUGACAAACGAGCAGAGCUUUCUCAAUGUCAGGAACUGGAUAAGUCAGCUACAAAUGCAUGCAUAUUGUGAAAACCCUGACAUUGUAUUAUGUGGAAACAAGAGUGACCUGGAAGACCAAAGGGUGGUGAAAGAAGAAGAAGCUAAGGAACUUGCAGAAAAAUAUGGAAUACCAUAUUUUGAAACCAGUGCAGCUAAUGGGAAUAAUGUAAGCAAAGCCAUUGAAACCCUGCUUGACCUCAUUAUGAAGCGCAUGGAACGGUGUGUGGAUAAAUCCUGGAUCCCAGAAGGGGUAGUGCGCUCCAAUGGGCACAGCUCUACAGAACAACUGAAUGAGGAGCAAGAAAAAGGCAAAUGCAGCUGUUAACUCAGUUACAAUUUAUUUUAAUGUAUAUGCUAAAGUAUAGUACAGUUGCAGCUUAACUGUUUAACUUAUGGACAGAUCACAUUGUGUAGUUAUUUAAUGAGCUAUAUUAAUUCUUGAUACUAAUUUUUUAUUUUUCCCUCUCAACAUUGACCUUUGCUUGCAAGGUGUGCAGUUUAUUAGUGAUGGGACAAAGGUUUAAUUUGGUGUAGCACUAGAUAUUCCUCUAAUUCUCUACUUUGGAGGGAAGGAGAAGAAUUUUCAUUACCAAAUUUAGAAAUAUCUCUGUGUGGGCAAUGAGAAAUUGUAGGCUUCUGUAUUGAAGGAUUUUCAAUUGCCCUUUGAAGGCUCCAUUAACUACACAGACUAGGCAUUUAUAUUAGAUAUUGUGACAGCUCUUACACUCUACUAACAGCAAGUUUACCAACAUGGUUCUUGGUUUUGAACAGAGAUAUUUAAUCAUUUCAUCAAUCAAUAACAAUCUUAAAGAGCAAAUCCCUUGUUUUCCACAAAAGCCUGCAAACAGCUGUUCCUUGCUCUCUCAAACCAUCAGUUUUUACUGAUGAAAACCGAAAGCAAGCUAUUCUAUAUUGAAUAAAAUCUAGAGAGAAGAGAGCAUAUGUAGAACACUUUGGGUAUGUCAUAAAAUUGAACAUGUAAACUACAACUGUACUAUAUAAAAUAUAUCCAACACAGCCUGUGAGACCUCCUGACAUCACUGGAAUUUCUAGACCAUGCAUAUACUUAUAUUUAUAUGUAAAGGGCAUAACUGUACAUCUGUUGUUAUGUUCCUUUUAUGUUACCACUCAUGUUUUAACAAGAAUGUAGAGCAACCUAAAUGUCAGCAAAAUUUAAUCGGAUCAAGUGCUUGGCACUGAAUUUUUUUUACCAAAACAGAUUUGGAAGGUUUCUUCAAAUUUGGAUUGAAAAAUGAAUGAUGAUUGUUUUCUGGUGAGAAGCAGUUAAGAUACCAGUUCUAUUUAGAUCAGUAUUUCUAUAAAUUUAUAAUGCUAAUUUUAUUCUGCCAGCCUUUGUGUCCUGUACAUCUUGGUUGUCAUAUAUUCAUUUAUGGCUUGUUCAUUUCCUUUAGGUUGUAUUUUAAAAAGAAUAUUGAAUUGCUUUUCUUUUGUCCCCCCACAGAUCGCAUAAAUGUCAGUUUUGGUUUCAAUGGAUCAUGUUACUCUUUGAUCAUUUUUAUUUAUUCAUACAACCUAAGGAACAAACAGUAUUUUUGGGGCCUUUUUUCCAGACUGAUAUAUGAGAUGUGCCUACCAAACUGUUUUCUAGCCUGGCAGAAGUUGUAUAACUGUAAAGUAUUGCCAAUUAAAGUCAUAACAUGCCAAAUUGAGUCUUGUUACAGACUUUCCACAGCAGUUUGUUUACAAAACUCCAAAGCUAUUGCUUCUUUAGAAAUGUAUUUAUUUAUUUAAAUAUUCUAAGUACUGCAGUUUCAGGCAAACAUUGAUAUCAGUUGUGAACAUGAAUUGCAGCAUAAGACAUUAUUUUAAAGGACCAAAAAUGUUUCUAGAAUAGGGGCUAGUAAAAAAAGAAUAAUUGAUGUAGCCUCUGGCUAUAUUAAUAAUACAAUAAUAAGUGUUAAAACUUGAUUCUUAAAAUAUUUUACAAAGUAAUGCAUAGUUCUUUAACAAACACAACAUGUAAAUAUUAGAUUUUUAUCACAGCCUACACGGAAUAUUUUAAAAGUGCAAUAUAAUUUGACUGCUCUGGGACUAGGACAGAGAUUAAAUCAAUUUAUAUUGAAUGAACAUAGGGGGUUUUUUUCUACUACACAAUACCAAGAUUCUAAAACGCUUGUGGACCAGAGUUACUGUGGUUUAAGUCAGAGUGCCUUUUGAAGUUACCAUCAUGUUUCUGACCAGCAGAGUAUCAAACUCUACUGUAGGACACAAUACAUUUCAAUGUACUUCAGUGUCUGAAUUUCUUUUAAUGUAACUCUUUGCUUUUCAGAGGGUUGCAGUGGAACUUUGUCAUGCAUUAACUUUCAAGUGAGUUUUUGUGCUUGUAGCUCCAUCCAGUUCUUGAAAACAGUAAGGAUUAUUGCGACCAACUACUGAGCUAAGUGACUACUGAAAUGGUGUAAAACUACUUUUUUAUGAAUACUUAUGUUUAGAUUGGAUAUUAAAUACUGAAGCUGGCAUAUUUUUGUCAUGCAUAUUAUAUGUAACAAUUUACUGUAUAAAGAGAGUCUACAUAAAAUUGCUUUGGCGUCGGCCUUUGAAAUGUGCCAUAAGAUUUAUCUGUUUGAAUUAUUCUGUGACAAAACUUUAGUCCCUUUUUAGCCCUCAUGAGAAAUCAUGGUAAAUGUUUCAACAGUGAAUUACACUAUUCUUGCUAGUCUAGCACUGGUUUUAAAAACCAACCAAAGAAGAAUUCUCAUGUGAUGAGAAACUGUUAUUUCAAGAAAAGUUGUUUUCAUUCAGUGUCAUUUGAAGAUGUUGAUCUGUAAUGGAACAAAGUUUUGGAAAGGAUUUCCACUACGAUGCUUUGUCCCAGGAUUUCUUACUAUAAAAUAGUUAAACAUUCCUGAUCUGAA